CAGUUACACGAGGACCCCACUCUCACACUCACUCGCCCACUCCCGCAAGAUGCCCAAUUCCCUCCUGCUCCUCCUCCUCGUCGUCCUCCGCGCCGUUGCCGGCGACUCCGGGGACGCCGCCGGAGACGCGCCAGACCCAUGCUCUGGACGCCGGAUCCACAUCCGUACCCUCCCCCCGCGCUUCAACGCGCAGCUCCUCCGCCACUGCGACGCCGCCUUCCCGCUCGCCGACCCAUCCGCGGCGGCCACCUCCGCCCCGUCCUGCGAGUCGCUCGCUAACCACGGCCUCGGCCCGCGCACCCACGCCCGCAGCCACUCCUGGUACCGCACCGACGCGCGCCUCCUCGAGCCCUUCUUCCACCGCCGCCUCCUCGAGCGCGGCUGCCUCGUCGCCGACCCCGCAGCCGCGGACGCCGUCUUCGUCCCGUACUACGCGGCGCUCGACUCCCUCCCCUACGUCCUCGACCCCGCCCUCCUCAACUCCUCCGCGCUCCACGGCGCGUCCCUCGCCCAGUUCCUGGCGCGCGACCGGCCCCAGAUCCUGUCGCGGCGGCAUGGGCACGACCAUUUCAUGGUGCUCGCCGGGUCCGCGUGGGACCACUCGCAGCCGCCGCGCUCGGAGCCCCGGCUCUGGGGAACCACGUCGCUGGUCCGGCUGCCGGAGUUCGAGAACUUCACAUUCCUGGCGUUCGAGUCGCGCUCGUGGCCGUGGCAGGAGCACGCCAUCCCGCACCCGACCUCCUUCCACCCGGCCUCGCUCCCGCGGCUCGACGCCUGGCUCGCGCGGGCGCGGCGCUCCCGCCGCACCACGCUGAUGCUCUACGCCGGCGGCGUCUCGCGCCCGUCCAGGCCCAACAUCCGGGGCUCCAUCCUCGCGGAGUGCGCGAACCGCACCGACGCGUGCGUCGUCGUGGACUGCUCCGCCGGCAAGUGCUCGCACGACCCCGUCCGGUACAUGCGUCCGAUGCUUGGCGCCAAGUUCUGCCUGGAGCCGCCAGGGGACACGCCGACGCGGCGGUCGACGUUCGACGCCAUCCUCGCCGGGUGCGUGCCGGUGUUCUUCGAGGACGCGGCGGCGAGGCGGCAGUACGGCUGGCACCUCCCCCCCGCGCGGUACGACGAGUUCUCGGUGCACAUACAGAAGGAGACGGUGGUGCUCGGGGGCGUCAACAUCGCCGAGACGCUCGCGGCCGUGCCCGACGCAGAGGUGCGCAGGAUGCGGGAGCGCGCUCUGGAGAUGGCGCCCAGGGUGCUGUACCGGAGGCACGGGAGCACAACGGAGCUGAGAGAGGCCGGCAAGGACGCGAUCGACCUCGCCGUGGACGGCGUGCUCCGGAGGAUACGCAGGCGGGUGCUCGCGCUGGACCAAGGCCAGCCGGAGAGGAUAUACGCGCAGGAGGAUGACAUUGUCGAGACGUAGGACUAAGAAAUGAAAUGCUCUUGACGACAUUCUCUUAGCCUGGAUUUAGGCAAAGAUUUGUAAUGUGCAGUUCACGGUUAACCGUCUUUUUGUCCGGUGGACAUUUUCUUUUUGUCA